AUGACGCAGACUGAACUGCGGCUGGCUCAGUUUACAAACCAUCAAGUCCUGACCAGCACCUGUCUUUGUUCCUCUACUCCUCUAAAUAAAACCAGGGUAACCUCUGACUUUGUUCUUACCUCCAAGGUGAGGAAAUCAAAGAUCUCCUCUUCUCGAAAGCUGGGGUUGAAGAUCAGAAUGUUAACAGUCGCUGCUCAGAUGCUGGAUGAGGAGAAAGAGCAGAAAGUCAGUGAAAGAGAAGUUGCUCUGCAAGAGAGAGUUCCUCCUCUAAAUCUGUCUGGUCUGUCCAUGCAGGAGCUUCAGGACCUAUGCAAAGAGUUGCACCACAAGAUUGAUGGUGUUGAUGAGGAAAGGUACGAUAUUGACCUCAAAGUGGGCAAAAAUGAGAAGGAGAUUGAAAACAUGCGUCUGAAGAUCAUUGAGAUUCAGAGUAAGUUCAAGAAACCGACUCUGAAGAGAGUGAAGAUCUCUGCUGAAGCUAUGCUGAGUGUUCUGCUGGGCUCCAAACACAAGGAAUCGAUCGACUUCAAGGCCAACCUCAAAACGGUCAAGAAGGAAGAGGAGAAGAAAGAGGAAGUUACUGACUGGCGUAAGAACGUGGAGGCUAUGUCCGGUAUGGAUGGCAGGAAGAAGAUGUUCGACGCCUCUGGAAACUAA